AGCAGGCAGCGUGCGAGUUUCGAAGACAUGGACGAAGGCGCGAAGUUCGACAGCUUCGUCGAGUUUGACCGAGCAUUCUCGAUUUUUCAAGUGACUACGAACACUCUUUUUGUCACAAAAGCAAGCAAGACUGUGGACAUUGUGAACUCCCGGCUUUCUGCCGGUCUAACUAAGCUCGAUGCAAAGUUAAAAUUUGCGAACAUAACCUAUGCUUGCAAGCACGGUGGUGCCAUGAGAAAGACAGGGAGUGGAAUUCGUCCGCAACAAAGGACUAUGAAGAAGGACUGCCCAGCCAAAAUUAUCGUUGCGGCGCGCCGGGCCAGCCAACAGCUAGAAGUCACGGCUGUCAACCUCGAGCACAACCACGAGGUCAGCCCGGAAACAUAUAAGGCGUGCUCGGAGUGUCGCCAGCUGAACGAGGAGGGGGUGAACUUCGUUAGGCCCCUAAUAGAGCUGAAUGUCCGUCCUAACCUCAUCGUGGAGAAGCUGAGACAGGAAACUCGGAAAGCAGUAAUCGCCAAAGACAUACACAACCUGAAGUGUGCGCGGCGAGGCCAGGAUGAGGCGACCCAUCACCUGAUGAACGCAAGCGUUUGUUGGUCCACGACGGAGGGCUCUGCAGAAAUACAAGCUCUGUCAAUGCCAGGGCCUUCCUUUCAGAAAAUGAACAGAAAUCAGCGUUUCAAUUAUGCAAUGCGGACGCUUAAGGCUAUCGCAGACAAUUUGGCUGACUGCCAGCCAGACGUCUUUGCAGCAAGACUCGGUUUCUUAGAGUCUGUGAACGCAGCCUGGCUAAGGCAAGAAGAUGUGGCACUGAGCCAUCAUGAAAAGGACAAGGUGCAAGCACCAGAAAAUUCUACUGCACAAGAUGUUUGCUCGGCAGAUAUGUUGCAUGCUGAUAAAGAGCAGCAGCUGCUCGACAACAAUCAGCCCAGUGGAUCUAUCGAGCCCUUGAUCAGCAGCAGUGAGACUGGAAGCUCUACAAACCAAGAGAGCACCACAUCCACCUUUGUAAUCGAAAUAAGACUUCCCCAUGUCAAGAGCCGAGGCCGUCCAAAUAAGCGGGUGCUGCAGAACAGGUUCAAGCGACCAAGAGAACAAGAUGAUGGCAGACCUGUGCCAUUUAGGCAGCUAACUGAGAAGUCCCAAACAAAAUUGAUAUUGUCAGGCCUCAUUGAUGACAGCCUGUGCCAAAGGGUGGUGGAUGGUACGUACAUCCUACUGGAGAAUGACCUGGAAGUUCGUCCCGAAGCCCUCCCCAGUGCUCUGCUGGACUGCAGAGUAUCCCUGCCAAAACUUAAAAAAUACUUCAGUCCUGACGCAUGGGCUCUUUUAAGUUCCUCGGUUGCUAUAAAGAAGGAGAAAGAACUGUGGAGUUGUGGCCUGUGCAAGCAGAUCGACGAUGGGCAAACUAGCAUGGUUUGCUGUGACCAAUGCCUAGAGUGGUUUCACUGGCCAUGUGCUGGGAUCACCAAAGAAGCUGCGAGGAAGUUGUGGUACUGCACUCAGUGCACUUCAAAGAGUUUCACAGCUGCCUCUGAUUGAGUUAAUAUCGCCUGACAAAUACCAUGUCCCUGGGGCACUUCUGUUAACUCCAAAGCAAUCAAAACCAAUAAAAUUAUUUGCCCCUC